AUGAACCCCCAAAGACGACAGUCCCGCGCGAGGUCUGUCGUCCUCCAUCUUUUCUCGCAGUUCUCGGCGGCGCCCAGCGCCCUGAACGUCCGCGAGGAGGCCUCGUACCAGAUGGCAUCAACAGCCUCUAGCAUGGGCGCUGUCGGUACGCCGGCUUGGGUCGUUAACGUCAGAGAGGAGAUCGGUCGUUCGCCGGCGUGGGAGGUCCUUUCUGAUCAGCUAUUUGAGCGGGUGUCUACCGUGCUCAAGUCGCAUGGCUUGGGGCAUUUUUCGGACCUGUCUUCGCCGGAGCAGAUCACACUUCUUGAAGAAGCGCACCGCGACAUCAUGUCCGAGAACAACAAAGUGUACCAGGCAUUCGAGUCGCAGUUCAGCAAGUCCAUGGACGCAGAGAUCGCCAAGGAAGCCAGAGCGAGAGUUGUCCAGGACAGCACGGCAAAUCGCGAAGGCACCGAGGAAGCCCAAUACCUCGACCGCAUCCUGGACUCGGCGGCGGAAGGGGCGGUGUCCCUGUUGAGGGAGCUCCCCCGCGAACACCUAGGAAGCCUGCGCCUGAUGCUCAACCAAGCGGUCCCGUCGCGGGCGAGGCUGGACAUCUGGCGACUGCUCCUGAAGCACACGGCGGUCCUCCUCGAGUCUGGGAGCGUCGCUUCGCGUCGCAUCCUCCCUCUCUCAAGCCGCAACGUGGUGCUCAUGAAGACGGUGCUCAGCUACCAUCACGCGUGCAAGAUGACCAAGCGGGGACAGAAGGCCACGACCAACAUCCCUGAGCCCUUCGUGCACUUCCUGGUGCCGUUGUGCGCCGUCAUCACCGGAAGAUCCUCAUACUCCUCCUCUUCCAGCAGCUCCAACGCAGCGGCAACGGCAACAACAGCAGCAGCGUCGAGCCUGAGAGAACAGGAGAUCGAUAUUAUGAUCGAGCGGUUGGUUGAGAUGUUCGAGGGCGCCUUGGAGGCGGGUCUGGAAGGCUUGGUUGACCAGAAAGAGUUACCGGGCGGCACCGGGGUGUCAGGCAGUGGCGCUGGAGGCGUCUCAACAACUCGAGCCAAGAAAUCGGCGAGGUCGCCCAAGACAGCGACCCGUGCUGCGGAAACCAAGGAGAACAGCGGGGACGGGCGUGGCGGCGCGGACAACAUUGUCCUCCCCGACUGGGUCGACAAGAGCUACGGCGUGCUAGUGCCGGGGUUCCGUGGACUGCUCGAUCACGUGACUCGCGUUCACCUGGGGUUGGCCGUAGCAGCAGUUCCAUCGGAGGGAAACAAAGGCGAUAACGGUAAGACGGGGGACGGUCGAAUAAACACCGCCGACGGUAGUUCUUCCGCCGUCGGGGAAACCGGAGCCUCGAAUGCUGCAACCGAUGGGCAGCAGCAGCAACCGCAGGAAAACCAGCAACGAGGACAGGACAGCGCGACACAGCCAACAUCGCCCCGGCGGACCAGCUCGGCAACAAGUCGACGCGCAGCGCUCCUGUCGCAAGGCCAACCGAGUUCCGAGGCGCCGUCACUGGGGAAAGGUGCAGAUGGUGUCGAUAUGCCAUCCUCCAGCCGGACCGACUCCACCACCGACAGCCGCACCUCCGCCCACCUGCCCGAAGUCACCGAGUCUCAAGCGCGCGUUGCGUUGUGGGCCCUCUUGGAGCCCUUGGUGACCGUGGGCCUCGUUGGACACCUCGGGGCAGAUGCGUGUCUGUUCGCGUGGGACCAGGCGGUGAUCGCCGGGUUCGGCGUGAUGCUGCCCCGGGUAGCCGCAAUGGUGGUGGCCGCGGCUGCGGACAAGCUCGGAGCGUGCUUGACGUUCGCGGUGAUGUCGGAGGCCUUGUUUUCGCACGCGCACCUCGUUUCGACCUCCCAGCUGCAGGAGCUGAUGGAAGCGCACUGCAUGCCCUCGAUUCGCAAGGAGAUGCGGGUGUCUCACAAGCUGUGUCCGGAGAUAACCGGACCAACCCUCAAGACUGCCACCGACAUACUUGACAGCGCGUACUCCAAGAGGACGAGAGAGGCACAGGAGGCUCGAAAGGCGCACGUGGAGCACACCCUAGGCCCAUCCAGGGGCGGCUCCGUGCACCGGAGUCAAACCAAGGAGCGUAUCCAGCUCGAUCUGUCCCGAACAGCCGUGAGAGGGUCUUCUCGUGGCAGCAGCAACGACAGCAAUGCCAGUCUUGGGUUCGACGACGACGACGAUGCCGGUCGUAGUAACGGCACGAAGGACGAGCCCAGGGCCUCGAAAGCCCGGGGAAACGGAGCACAAGGACGGGACAAAGGAAAGGCCCCCCGAGGCGACGAAAAACAAAGCAGCGGUGCCAAGAAAAACACGUCGAGCAAUGCCCCCCCCCACCGAAACGGGUCAUCAGGUCCCUCUGCUACCGCCGAAAAUGCUGGGAAGGCGGGGGCCUCAAAAAGCGAUUUCACCCGCACCCGCACCCGCGGUAGGAAUGCCAGCAACGCGUUGGCGAGGACUAGUUCUACUGCUGUUGAAGCCGAAGCUGCAACCGCAUCGAAGAAACCAGGCGUCAAGAACACCAAGCAAAAGCUCUCGGCCGCCACCAAACGGCAGGCGAGUGUCCGCAGUACGCGAAAGGACGAUAACGAAGACACCGAGAGCCAAACCGAAGGUAGCAGCGAGCAGAUUUCGAGCAACGACAGCGGCCACAACCAACAGCGUCAUGAUCAGAAGAGCCAAAGGAGAUCGAGAGGGAGGGACACGUCGGAAAGCUACUCGUCAAACAGGGGAAACGGCGAGGGUGGCGAGAAGUCAGCGGCACGCUCGAAAGGCGAGCGCCGAAACUCUCGGUCGAGACGAACGUCUGCCGCGGAAAGUAGCGAUCUUUCUGAGGACGAGGGGAGCAUGACGGUUGACGGCCAGUCCGGAAACAAAGGUGGAAGCUCUCCGACGAUGUCUACGCCAGUUGCAAAGGUUCACGCCAGCGACCGUGGCAAAGACAAGAAGAAACAAGACGGAAAAGGAACACAGUUGGCAUCUGCCGAUGAUGGAGGGGAGAAAGUGAUACGGCGGUCCGAAAGGGCAAAGGCGGAUAAUAAGACCAGCAGUAGCAGGAGGACAUUAUCGCGUUCCCACGAGAGAAGCAGUCAACGAGACGGAGACAGGAGGAGGGAGACGAAACAGGGCACGGCGAAGGCCCAAGGGACCAAGUCGCAGAGGCACGCCAGCCGGGGUGUGAAAACCAGGGGUAGCUCCGGUGCGCCAAGUGCCGAUGACGACAGCGAUCGUUCUGCCGAGACGAAAGCAGCCCCGCCUACCGCCGCCGUGUCUCCGAUUAGGAGAUUGUUUGGUGGCUUCGGAGGACUCAAGAAGAAGGCGUGAUCGAUGAAAGGGGCGUCGACGUGGUGAACCAGCUCAGUUUGGUGACGGACGGGUGCAGCCGACGUAAACACGCGGAACGCAGCCGAGGAACGUCGUUGGUGGGUUCACUGCUGUAUUCAAAUUAACGAAAACUCAUGAACGGGGCGACGAUGAUCAUGAUAGAUAUCACGAACGAAGAACGGCCGGCAUUGUGCAAUCUCCAUCGUUCGCGCGCGAAUGGUGCCCGUACUGUGUCGUCACAUUGAUUUAUUCUAACGUGUACAGUAGCAGUGUCUCCGGCGGACCUCCACAUUGGCGAAACGGGUCAAAAUUUGGGGCACACAUACAUAACUCUUGUGAUCGCAAGCGUUCGGGACCGCAAACGGCAACAACAAACAUCGACAUCCAACAACGACGACGACUGCGGCGGCCAUGACACAUGCGCUCCAGAUGGGUCGGGUUAUGAUGAUCGAAGUUAACGCUUCUACCUUCAAGCGUGCCACAUUUUGCCUGCUUUCAAUGGUGAAGACACCGACACAACAUAACAACACCGGCGACGACCGCAACAACAACGACGAUGGCAUCAUCAUCAUCAACGAAACAGCAACCACAACAGCAAUAACAGCUACUACUAUGACUAAUUCUACUACUAUGCAUACGAUAGUACAACGCGCUGCCAACAAAAUCGAUCUCGUGCGUGUGGCGGCCUUCUUUCAGUGACCGACGACAAGCCUCAUCUACCAUGGAACUCUUUGGACGCUCCGUGCGUGCACACUGUGCCAAUGGCGAGCCUUUACCCCCUCGGCUGGAGGUCAUAUGAUCACUACGGGAACAUUGGUACGAAACCGAGAGCUUCUCACCGCGUCGAACAAUCCGACAUUGACGAAAACUAGGUAUGUAGAAGAGACUACUUCCGCAUGUAGAACGCUCACACGCAUGCAGUUGACGCUGCACAGUAGUGGUCCUGUAUGAGGCGGCAUAGUAGUACCAAGGAAUUCGGCCAGCCUUACACUGGGCACCCGGCGCUAUUUCCGAGCAUGAGACAACUUGAAUAUUCAAUCGGUGUCACGCAAUUUCACCAGCCCUGCACUUGGUCGACCCGCCAUAUUCAGGCGGCCUUCUACAGCAACCA